UAUUUUGUUGGAGAGGAAGAGAGAGUGGAGUAAGAGCGAGAGCGAGAGAAAAAGAAGCAGCAGAAGAUGACGAAUUCUGUGGUGAGAGCGAGGCACGACGUGUUCGUGUAUGGCAGCCUCUUAGCCGAUGAGGUUGUUCGUGUUCUCUUGAAUCGCGUCCCUUCUUCAACCCCUGCCACUCUCCAUGGCUAUCACAGGUUUAAAAUCAAAGGUCGCGUUUAUCCCGCUAUUCUCCCUGUGGAGAAUAAGAAAGUUACUGGCAGGGUCCUUCAUGAGAUCACAGGAGUGGAGUUGGAUAUCUUAGACGAAUUCGAGGAUGUUGAAUAUAAUAGAAGUGAUGCUGAGGUUGUAUUGAUGGACACUUCUGAGAAAUUACAAGUUCACACUUAUGUUUGGAGUGACCGAAACGAUCCAAAUUUAUAUGGAGAGUGGGAUUUUGAGGAAUGGAAACAAGUUCACAUGAAUGAUUUUGUCAAGAUGACCGAUGCUUUCAUGCGUGAAUCAGAGCAAGAAUCAGAGUUGCAAGAAUCAAAGACAAGAGUUCAAACCUAUGAAUCUUUCUAUAAGCAAGAAAAUGAUAAGCAAUCCUCAUGAUUUGUUAUUCACAGUUUCUAAAAAUAUAUAUGUGCUGUGUGUUUCAUGGUUCAUAUAAGAAUAAGACCCGUCACUGCUAAGUGCUAACAAUCACUAGUUACUCUUGGAAUCAUUCAUUUGAUGAUUUAUGGUAUCUCAGUUCCAUCACAAUAACAA